CGAAAACUCAUUGAACGGCUCGUUUGUUAUGACUGAAGAUCUCUGGUGGUGAUCGCUCAAAGCUUAUGGCAUUACCCUGUUAAGGGACGAAAGGCGACUGCUUCACAGAGGGUACAUCCCCGCUUGUCAAGACCGCUGCUCUGCGGCGACUUCCCAAAGUGUCGUACAUACUUGGGCGCAGUCCGCUCUGGCGGACUGAGUUGUACAAAUCAUGCUAUGUCUCUGCACGUAGAGCACGGCAGGGUGCUAUCAGUCGCUUUAUGGAGACCUGGGCUCAGGAGGCGGAGGAAGCGUCCAAGGACAGUGGAAAAGCCCGGCUCUCUGGGCGCAUACAUAUCUUGGGUAUGGGAAAUGCAGCGUUAUUUGUCGCUCACUCUUUAGCGCGUCGACCGUCUGUACCGCCCAUCACCUUGAUGAUGCAUUCUCCCGCCGUCUACCACUCCUGGAAGGAUGCGCGACAGUCCAUAAGUUUGCAAGCGAAUGGAUUGGAGGACAUCCGAACCGGCUUCGAUGUCAACGUCCUAGAGAACAAGACCUGGUACUCAAUCCCAUACGAGGCCGACGAGGUCGACGAGGCCGAGGACAGGCCCCCUGAGCCCGAGUUUGCCGACGUAUCCCUUGAAGGGGAAUUUGAGCUCGAGGAAACCCUGAAAUCUGAACACGAUGACCGGGAAAUUGAAUGUUUGAUUGUUGCCGGCCCAGCAUCAAUGACUGUUGCGGCCGUGGAUUCCGUCAAGGAUCGCUUGACGCCCGACUCGACAGUUUUGAUUCUCUCAAACGGAAUGGGUCUACUGGAGGAAAUCAAUGACAAGAUCUUCCCCGACUCCAAGACGCGCCCGUGCUACAUGCAAGGGCUCGUCACUCACGAUAUCCAUCGCCGUAAGCGCGGUUAUCAAUUCGAUCACGUUGAUGUGGGAUCAACCAUCUUGGGGUUCCCGCUGGAAGCCGGGCUAUCCCAGGCUGAGGCUGAGAAGAUGCAUUCGGGGCUUUGGCCUCCCACUGCCAAGUACUUAUUGCACACCUUGACCAACACCGCGCCACUUGUUGCUACUGCGGCAUCUCCGACCGAUCUCCUGUUACAUCAGCUGGAGAAGCUUGCCAUCCAGUGCGUUCUUCUCCCAUUGACUGCUCUCAUGCAGGUCAAAAACGGCGAUAUUCUGUACAACUACAGUAUCACCCGCGUUAUGCGGCUGCUCCUCUUGGAAAUCUCGAGUGUGAUCUGUGCUCUGCCUGAGAUCCAGUCAGUUCCAGGUGUUGAGGCCCGCUUUAGCCCGGAACGCUUGCGUCGUAUGGUCACUCAACUUGCGGAUAGGACCGCCGAUGAAACGAGUACUAUGUCUCAAGAUGUCCAUCACCGCAGGACAACUGAGAUCGAAUACCUGAACGGCUACAUCGUGCGAAGGGGCGAAGAGCUUGGUCUUAGUCCUGCGAUGAAUUACAUGAUCAAGCAUUUGAUUCUCGGAAAAUCAUAUGAGAUCAAGCAGAGGGAAGCCUCCGCCAUCCCCAUCGAUGUUCCCACCGCUCAAACUCCUCGAAUGUUCCCCGCGUUCCGGAAAAACUCCGAAGAUUUCAAAAAUUCCGAAUAGACCGGACGAAGUCCCAGGCCCCAGUCAAUGUACCAUAUACCCUUUCAGUUAUGUAUCUACAUUUUAGCAGGGAAUCGCAUCUAGAGCUCUAAGGCAGAUGUGUCUAAUCUGUUUCCACCGUGUGAGGAGCAUCUGGGCCAUUUCUGGCCGCAACUGGUCGUCUCCGGCGGAUGGAAGACUCUCCAGAUGGCGGAUCGUCGUGUCUGCCUCACCGAUAUACGUGUUGAUCCAGUUCCGGAUCACGCUUGCCGACUUCUCUUCGUCCACCCCUUUCAUCGAGUAGCCGAGGACAUGAUUCUGCCAGUCCUUGAGCGUCAUAUACGUCAUGGAAGCGGCUAUCUCAGUCCGAUAG